UAAUUGCCACAGCACAGUAAGACACACGGAGCAACAAUUUCAUCUAAUGAAGCGAAUUUAAAAUUCAUAUUUUUUUGUUAUCAAAUGCCAAGUUCUUGUCCACCAUGUUUGACUAUGACAUCAUUUCCGUGUCGGCGGCCUCCAUCUUGUUUGUCCUGCUGCUGGUCCGGCUGAUUUAUCCCCCCUUACUCCGUGACCUGUACACGGUUUGGAUCCUCAUCCGGCAGGCCCGCAGCGUGAAGAAAACCCUCAAGAGCCGGCAGUUCAUGAUCGACAUCUUCGAGAGCCAGGUGGCCAGGCGGCCCAGCCAACCGUUCAUCGUGUUCCGGGAUGUCAAGCUGACCUAUGAGCACGUGGACAAACAGGCCAUACGGGUGGCCAGAGUUUUGAUAGACCUUGGUGUCAGGCCUGGUGACAACGUGGCACUUGUCAUGUCAAACGAGCCAGCAUUUGUGUGGAUCUACUUGGGCACACAGAAAAUUGGAGCCUGUGUCUCACUCGUCAACCAUCAUCUGAGGGCCGAGGGAUUACGUAACAGUGUGUUGGAGAGUUACCCCAAGCUGGUCAUUGUGGGGGAGGGUUUCGAUGAAGACUUACCUGACCGUCUGGAGAAGCUGGACCCCCCCUUAGAGCUGGACAUCUACGCCUACACACGGCCCUACCAGGACAAGUCCAGCUUCUGUCAGCUGAUGGAGGGGGUAUCAGACCUGCCCCUCCCCGCCUCACACAGAUCACGUGUUCAAUUAUCCGACCCCUCGGCUUUUAUUUUUACUUCCGGGACCACGGGUCUGCCUAAGCCAGCCAUCAUUACCCACAAGAAGGCCAUCCUCUGCAGCCACAGCUAUGCCCCUGUUGGCUUCAGCCAGAAGGAGGUCAUGUAUUUAACCUUGCCCUUGUACCACGCAGCGGCCUUGAACCUUGCCCUGCUCAAUGUCAUCUAUGUAGGAGCCACCCUUGUGCUGAAAGAAAAGUUCUCCGCCUCUGAGUUUUGGUCUGACUGUUGUAAACACAACGUCACUGCCUUCCAGUACAUUGGGGAGAUGCUGCGUUAUUUGGUCAACACACCACACAACCCACUAGAGAAACAGCACCACGUGACGAAGGCCAUUGGUAACGGUCUGAGACCGGACAUCUGGGGCAGGUUCCAGUGCCGCUUCCGGAUCACGCACAUCUACGAGUUCUACGGCUCCACGGAGCUGCCUGCUACCUGUAUCAAUCUCUUUAACGUCCCUGGCAGUGUGGGCAGGUUAACUCCUUUGUUGAGGUGGCUGACCAAAUCGUAUCUGGUCAAGCUUGACCUGGAGACCAAAACACCUUACAGGAAUCAGGAGGGCAGGUGUGAGCUGGUUCAACCAGGUGAGCCAGGUGUCCUGCUGGCCAAACUGACCGGUCUGGCCACGUUUGACGGCUACCUGGGCCCCGCCUCUGAGACCACCAGGCUGAUGGUCAAGGACGUCUUUGAGGAGGGCGACUUCUACGUCAACACCAAGGACGUCUUUGUGCUGGACGUGCACUACAACCUCUACUUCAAGGACAAGAUCGGCGACACCUUCAGGUGGAAGGGUGAGAACGUCUCGACGGCCGAGGUGUCCAACAUCCUCAACACGGCGCGAUUCGUGCAGGACACGAACGUCUUCGGAGUGCCGGUGCCGGGGUGUGAGGGUAAAGCCGGUAUGGCCGCCAUCAACCUUCGGGACGAGGAACAGCUGGACAAGGACAAGGUCCACGAGCUCAGUCAACUGUGUCGGGACAAACUGCCCGGCUACGCCAGACCCAGGUUUCUCAGGUUCCAGCACCAGAUGAGUCUGACCUCGACCUUCAAACAGCAGAAGUCUGACCUGGUCAAGGAGGGAUUCGACCCCAGGGUGGUCAAGGAGCCCCUGUACUACCUAGACAGGGUGACUGACGACUACAAGCCCAUUGAUGCCAAGGUUUUCCAGGAAAUUUCAAAGGGCCAGAUCGCCUUGUGAUACGGGUCAUCGCUGGGAAUUCUUUAAAAACUGACCAGUAGACUCAAAUAUGGCGCUGUUGAUUUGUGUCACGUUAUUGUUACAUUACUGGACUGUUU